AAGCAGUAGGUAAUUAAUCGAAAAGGCAGAGUAGGAUGAUUUCUGAAUGGCCUGGCGAUAAUCGAGCGACCAUGGCUCGAACAUUGCAAGUCUACGUAGCUAUGGUUCUUUAAAAUCUCUACCCCUCUCGUCUCUCUUUCUAUUCCAUUUCAUAGCCCUUUCUUAUCUCUUCGCAGCGUUUCUUGCAGCAAUACUUGAGCACUAAUGGCAAGCUCUGCUGCUGGCCCAUCAGAUCUCAACAAGUCGAGCUCGUUGAGGAAGAAAGUUGCUGAUAGUAAUGAUCAGUUUACAAAUCAAAAGGCUUCUGCAGAUGUUGACGGAGGGUUGACUAUGCCAAAUCAAGGUCCAAAGACAUUGAAUCUGGGUGCAAGCAUUGGAGACACAGAUCAAAUUGCAGUUGGACAAUUAUCUGCCAAACAAGCUGGGAAAAGACCAAGAAGAGAGACUGAUGCUAAGCACUACAAUAAAAAAAAGAUGAUGUUGGAAGAUUACAAAAAAAUGUUCCCUGAGUUUGAAAAAGUUAAACUAGAGAAUGAAAAUUUAAGGAAGAAUCAGAAGUGGAUUGAACAAAAGAUGGAGGCAGACCUUGAAAUGAUCAAGGAAGUUCGGUCUUUACUUCGUUCAGUGAAUAGCAAAGAUGGGGCCCGAAAUCAGAAUAUGGACUCUUUAUCUCUUGAGAUGCUGGAUUUGUAUAAAGCGAAUGAUCAAUUGAAAAUGGAGAAUGAUCAAUUGAAAAAGGAGAAUGAUCAAUUGAAAAUGGAGAAUGAAUGCUGGAAGAUUCUUAAGACCCAACAACCGCCUGUGGAUUCAAGUUUUUAUGGUCAAUUUCAGAACAUGCCUGGACCUUCACCAUCUAUGCCAAUUGGCGGCGGAGGAAGUGUAUCUCACAUCACCCCCCAACAACAGCAUGUGAAUCCUAGUUUUUCUGAUCAAUUUCAGAACAUGCCUGGACCUUCACCAUCUAUGCCAACUGACGGCGGAGGAAGUGUAUCUCACAUCACCCCCCAACAACAGCAUGUGAAUCCUAGUUUUUCUGAUCAAUUUCGGAGCAUGCCCGGACCUUCACAACCUAUACCAAUUGGCAAUGCCCCCCAACAACAGCAAAUAAGUAACAUGCUUGGACCUUCACCAUCUAUGCCAACUGACGGCGGAGGAAGUGAAUCUCACAUCACCCCCCAACAACAGCAUGUGAAUCCUAGUUUUUCUAAUCAAUUUCAGAACAUGCCUGGACCUUCACCAUCUAUGCCAAUUGGCGGCGGAGGAAGUGUAUCUCACAUCACCCCCCAACAACAGCAUGUGAAUCCUAGUUUUUCUGAUCAAUUUCGGAACAUGCCCGGACCUUCACAAUAUAUGCCAACUGACGAUAGAGGAAUUGUAUCCCAACAACGGCAUGUGAAUUCUAGUUUUUUUGGCCAACAUGGACCUUUACAACCUAUGCAAACUGACGGUGGAGGAACUUUACUCCCCUUCAACGGCCAAUAACAGCAUGUGGAUGAUGAUUUCUAUCCCCUUUGGUGAAGGAAGUGUUAGUUGUGGUAAACAGGGAGAAUUAGUUGGAGUAGUGAGUUGCUGAUCAGUUAUGGAAUUUGGAUUUGUUCAGCUCUUUUAGUUCAAACUCUUGAAUUUACAUUUGUUGAGUAUUGUUGCACUUGAUUUGCUUGGAACCUACGCCCUUCAUUUUUCUGGAUUUCUACGCCCUUCAUUUUUCUGGAUUUUGAAAUUGUUGAUGAGACUUAUUUAUAUAUGAGUUGUGAGUCUCCUUUUUGUAGUGCUGGUUCUAGUCCAGCUCGUGACAAGGUCUUUUUGGUCAUAUAUCUUGUGGUUUUGCUUGCUAUUGUUAGAUUCAGUUUCUUUCUCCUCCUUACCUGGAAGCGGCAUGGCGGAAGCAAAGGCUGAAGAAAGACCUUCCACACGACUCCCGGACUCAAGUGUAGCGGACAUUUUCCUUCCGAUAUCCGUGCAGCCCCGAGCACCUCCUAGUUUCUCCUGUCGAGUAGGGAUGGCAAAACGAUCCGAAUGACCAAAUUUGUUUGACCGAAUUAAAUUAAGUUUGGACAUAA